AUGUAUACAUUCACGCCCGUAUGCAUUCUCGUACACAAGUAUAUACACCGACAGAAAUAUUACAAAAAGAUGAGCGAGAUCAAACCGGAAGUGGAGUACGUGAUAAAAACAGGUCGGCAGGUGGCGGACAAGAAACAGGUUGACUUCCCACAUCGUCUCAACUCGCAGAUCGAUGCCAUCAAACUGCAGUACAACAAACUCGGCGCCCAGGUUUGA